AUGUCACGUUUGAGACACGCCGUGUAUCGCUGUGUAUCGUCACGCUCAUUAUCGCUCAUGUCUCGCUCAAUUUUAUGGCCCGAAUAUCGCUCAUGUCACGCCAUGAUUUUCGGUACGGGUUGCACUGAUCAGUGCAAUGACAGGGUGGCAGCGGCUAUUGGUAUAGGUGGUGUUGAAAGUUUGGAAAUUGGCGAAGACUGUAUGUCCGAAAGUAGUGUGAAUGUUGGGGUUGUUGCUGAAGGGAGUGUGGAUGGUUGUGAUGGUGUUGCUGGCAUGGACGAUGUGGUUGGUUUGAUGGGUGAAAAGGAUGUUGUUGAAUGUAAUGUGAGGUUAGUGGAGGUUACUAACGAUACUUGCCUUGGCAAUGAUUUCCAGGAAGAAGCUAACCAAGAUGAAAAUGUAGAAGAUAUAAAUAACUCUGAAGCAAACAAUCAGCAAACCGAGAAAGGUAUGUAAUCAACAAUAAAACAAUUGAUAACUUUUAGCCUACUUACAUGUAUUUGCAUAAUAAUUAUACAAACUACAUAUAGGUUCAUCACGAAUUGUAAGUUUCUGAAUCUGUAUUAAAAUAUGUCCGAUGGAAUGAACUAAAUUAUAUUCUCAAUGAUAAUAGAUUUUUACUAAUUACAUUCCAUCCAUUACUUUAAUAUAGAAUCAGAAGGGCAACAACAAACACAAACGAAGCAACGGCGUGCACUGGGCUUUGUUCUGGGAAUAACUGAGGAGGUGUUGCAGUUUGACAAGGCAAGGAAAAGAUUGAAGGAUUCACCAAAUAACAAUGACUUAAUAAAGGCUUACCUGCACGUUUUCAAAGUCAUGGAAACCUCUGUGUCCCGAGCACAGGCCAACAGCAAACGGCAGCUCAAGGAAAUCGAGCAGCAGUACUUCAGAAGUCGUGGUAAACUGCCGACAUCGAAGGACAUGUUAAAAGAUCCAACUUCCAAAUUGUUGAUCGACAAGCUGAAGUAUUGCAAAGCCCUGGUGGAUCAGUGGAAAGAAGAAAAAAAAAUUAUUCUUCAUGAAUCAAAUUUAUAA